AUGCCGAGCUCCUCGAAAGUCUCAGUGGUCGUGGAAGACAGCCCAAUCCUCCUUGUGGAGGAUCUUCCUGAGGAAGAUCCUUCUGGCACUCUUUGGGCCGUCGACCCGGAGGGAUACCUGCAUCGUUGCAGAAGGGCUCGCAGCAAGAAGGCACUUGAAGAGUUCCGCCGGCUCGGUGCUGAGACGAGGAAUGUGGUGCUUUCGCUGCACGUCCCGGAACGAACGGCUCCAGGGUUUGAGGACUGGCGUGCAGAGGAGGAGGCCUCCAUGGGGGACGAGGAAGCGUUUCAGUUCUUGCGAGUACUUCGCGCCAACGGAAUCGAGGUGCCAGGUGGGCGCACUGGGCUCUAUGCCACCGCCUGCAGGGCCAAUCAUGCUUGCAAGCCAAGGGCCCGUCUGUGCGUCGGGGCUGACGGCCGAGUCAGGGUUGUGGCCUUAACCGACAUUCUCGCUGGUGAGGAGGUCACAGUGUCGUACCUAUCGGAGUCCGACCUCCUCGAGCCCGGAUCGAUCCGCAGGAAGCUGCUGGGUCAGACGUGGGGCUUCCUGUGCCAGUGCCAAAGAUGCACGAUGCCUGAUGAUCGACGAAGUUUUACGUGCCCAUCCUGUCGAGGUGGCACGAUUGGCUUCCAGAGCCGGUACGUACAGCUGGGAGCUGCUACUGCGGAGCUGGAUGGCUGGGCCGUUUGCCCUUCUUGCGGAGAAAUGCCCGAGGCAGAAGAGAUGGCGAGCCUCGAGCAGCUCUGGGCCGGGCGCCAUCGCCAGCUGCAACCCUGGUGUCGAGGCGCUGGUGGGCGGGCAGUGCUGCGAAGUUUCUUGCAGCCGUCGGCACCGGUGAUCUCCCGCCAUGUGCUGGAAGAGAUGAACGAAGAGCUUGGCGAUCCCGAGCAGCUGGAAGCCGAUGUCACAGAGGUACAGCCAAAGGACCAUGGCUCGACUAGGCCGACAGCUGCUCAGGAACUUGCGAAAGACCUGGCAGCUGCUGUCCAUCUGCACCGAGACCUCAUGAGCUCUCAGCGUGAUGCGGCGCCAGAUGGCGAGGCGCACUGGCUGGCGGCUGAUGCUGCCGGCGCAGCUCUGGAGGCAGGGCUGUUGCUGCUCAAGACGAGCGGCGCAAAGGGAGAGAUGCAGGACGCAUUUCAGGCCCAGGUGGACGCACUUGCUCUCGGUCCAGAGGAACUGGCCAGGGCUGCAGACUGCAGGCUUCGAUCCCUGCAGCGAGCACUGGGGAAGGAGACGCUGACUCUGGAAGCCGCAGAGGUCCUUCGGCUCAAGGCCCAGUGCCUGGACCUCAGCGACAAAGUGGAAGAAGCAGCCGCUGUGAGGAGGCGGGCCUUGAAAGUGGCCGCCGCCCUCCUGCCGAGCGAGCUGCCCGGCUCCCUCGGCCCUGUGGAGGACGCCGCGCUGGAUGAGACGGUUUACGGCAUCAUCUCGCAAAUUGAGGGCGACUGA